CCUCUUCUUUAAUCUCUCUCCUAAGCAAAUCUUGAUUUUUUUUCAUUAAAAAAAACUACCCAAAAUAUUAAUUUUCAAGAAAAUUAUAUGGGGGGUUCACCAAAUCAUUUAAAAAAAUUAUUAAAAAAAACCCUUUCUCUCUCUAUUUCUUGUCUGUCUUUCUCACUCCUCACGCAAAAUAUUCCUAUAAUCUGCUUCAUAAAUUUUAUUAUAUGAUAUUCUCUCUGAUUCCAUAUUUUCUCUCUCAUCAACUACUCUCUUUUUUCUAUCUUUAAAGUGUUUAAAGUUUCUGGCUUUACAUCUUUGCUUUGUUUGUUCAACUGCUUUAGACAUACCCACAAGAAGAAGUUACAGUUUUUAGUCUUAAACACACCAUUUCUAUAAAAAAAACAGAGGAAAAAAAAAGAGGGAAAAAUUAAUCAUUUUGCAUUCUUCAAAAAAAUUUGUUCUUUUUGAUUUUUCUUGAACAUAUACAAGAUUCUACUAGGGAAGGGUGUUACUUUAAAUGGGUAUGUGUUGAAUUGAAUCCUUUGGAUUUUUCAUUGAAAGAAAGUUUUCAUUUUUGGUUACAUAAAAACUGUUUUUUUGUGCAAAAAAGUGGGUACUUGAUUAAAUCACUUGAAUUUAGCUCAAAAAAAUGCUAUUGUGCCCUUUUUGAGUGAGUCUAUGAUGGAUCCAGAAAGUGGGUUUUAUCAAAAUCAAGUAAAGAAAGAAUCAUGGAGGCAAGUUUUGAUCUUGGCAUAUCAAAGUUUAGGAGUAGUGUAUGGAGAUUUAAGCACAUCCCCACUUUAUGUUUAUAAAAGUGCAUUUGCAGAAGAUAUUCAACAUUCUGAAACAAAUGAAGAGAUUUAUGGGGUUUUGAGCUUUGUAUUUUGGACUCUCACCAUUGUUCCUUUACUUAAAUAUGUGUUUAUAGUUCUUAAAGCUGAUGAUAAUGGUGAAGGAGGAACAUUUGCUUUGUAUUCUCUACUGUGUAGACAUGCCCGAGUUAACUCACUCCCUAAUUGUCAAUUAGCAGAUGAAGAAUUGUCUGAAUAUAAGAAAGAUGUAAUUGUUCCAAUUGAAACAAGUUUUGGGUCAAGGCUUAAAUCCAUUUUGGAAAAAUAUAAAGUUCUUCAAAGAAUGUUGCUAAUCUUAGCUUUACUUGGUGCUUGUAUGGUGAUUGGAGAUGGUGUUUUAACUCCUGCUAUAUCUGUAUUUUCUGCUAUUUCUGGUUUGGAGCUCUCAAUGUCACAUGAGCAUCACAAAUAUGUUGAAGUCCCGGUAGCUUGUGUCAUCCUUAUUGGCUUAUUCGCCCUCCAGCAUUUUGGGACCCACCGAGUGGGAUUCUUGUUUGCGCCAAUAGUUGUGACUUGGCUUUUCUGCAUCAGUGCCAUCGGUUUAUAUAAUAUCAUACACUGGAACCCACAUGUUUAUCAAGCACUCUCCCCUUAUUACAUGUACAAAUUUCUCAAGAAAACACAAACUGGGGGUUGGAUGUCUUUGGGUGGAAUAUUGCUGUGUAUUACAGGUUCAGAGGCUAUGUAUGCUGAUCUCGGGCACUUUACACAAUUAUCAAUCAAGAUUGCCUUUACUUUUGUGGUGUAUCCUGCAUUGAUUCUUGCUUAUAUGGGGCAAGCUGCCUAUCUAUCGAGACACCAUGAGGUGGCCACUGGUUACCGAAUUGGAUUCUACGUAUCUGUGCCAGAAAAACUAAGAUGGCCGGUGCUUGCAAUAGCUAUUCUAGCUGCUGUAGUUGGAAGCCAAGCCAUAAUUACUGGCACCUUCUCCAUCAUUAAGCAAUGCCAGGCCCUCGGAUGCUUCCCUCGAGUAAAAAUUGUGCACACAUCAUCCAAGAUUCAUGGACAGAUAUAUAUCCCAGAGAUUAAUUGGACACUGAUGAUAUUAUGCUUAGCCGUCACUAUAGGUUUUAGAGACACAAAGCGUAUGGGCAAUGCAUCAGGUUUGGCUGUCAUUACAGUAAUGCUUGUCACAACGUGCCUGAUGUCACUUGUUAUUGUCAUUUGUUGGCGCAAAAAUGUCUUCUUAGCACUUGCUUUUGUAAUUUUCUUUGGCGCCUUUGAAGCACUAUACUUUUCAGCAUCCCUGAUCAAGUUUCUUGAAGGAGCUUGGGUCCCUAUUGCCCUCUCAUUAAUCUUCAUGAUCAUAAUGUACGUUUGGCACUUUGGCACUCUCAAGAAGUAUGAGUUUGACGUCCAAAAUAAAGUGUCCAUUAACUGGCUUCUCAGCCUCGGGCCAAGCUUAGGUAUUGUACGAGUUCGUGGCAUGGGAUUAAUCCACACUGAGCUUGUAUCCGGGAUCCCAGCUAUCUUCUCUCACUUCGUCACCAAUCUUCCGGCUUUCCACCAAGUCCUCGUUUUCUUGUGUGUCAAAUCGGUGCCCGUCCCACACGUGAGGCCCGAGGAACGAUUCCUCGUUGGUCACAUUGGACCAAAAGAAUAUCGGCUUUAUAGAUGCAUAGUUAGAUACGGGUACCGGGAUUUUCACAAGGAUGAUUUUGAGUUCGAGAAUGAUCUAGUUUGUAGCAUAGCAGAGUUCAUAAGGGCAGAGAGCACCAAGGUGGAUAGGUUGAAGGAUGAAUCAGACAAGGAAAAUGAUGAGAAGAUGACGGUAGUCGGAAGCCCCUCGACCUAUGACGGGAUAAGGAUUCGUGAAGAUGCAGACUACGCUGAUGAAGAUAUACCGGGAACUUCUGAGCUGAAAGAGAUACAAUCUCCAAUAAUCACAACAAAGAAAAGGGUACGUUUUAUGUUACCCGAGUCACCAAAAAUCGAAGACGGAGCAAGGGAAGAACUUCAAGAUCUAAUGGAAGCAAGAGAAGCCGGAAUAGCAUACAUAAUGGGGCAUUCCCAUGUAAGAGCAAAGCAAGGUUCAGGAUGGAUUAAGAAGGCUGUGAUUAAUGUAGGCUAUGAUUUCUUACGUCGAAACUCUAGGGCUCCUUCGUAUCCGCUUAGUGUUCCGCAUGCAUCGACGUUAGAGGUAGGAAUGGUGUGUCAUAUUUAGUUACAUGUUUGUGCAACAUAAUUUUUGCAUAUAGAAGUAAGUACUACUUUGUAAAUGAUGUAAUUUUGGUUUUUUUUGUAUAUGGAAUGCCCACCAUGUUUUGCAUAAUUGAAAGGGGACACAUACAAUUCAUAAAUACUCCAAAUUUCCAAAGGCAUUGCUUAUUUUUUGUCCAAGCAAUGUGUAAUAAUUAAAGAACAUAAAUAUGGUUCUUUAUCAUACA